GUUUAGUCCGUCAACCAAGUCAACCAAGGUAUAAUUCAUUCAUCUGCUACACAUAUACUUUCAACUGAACUAAAAUAAUAGUUCAGCAACGCUGCUUUCAGUUUCAUUAAUCCUAAGAAAUCAUGCUGGAGCUCAACAUGAGGUUCCGACUAGUAGCGCUUUUCUUCUUGAGUUCAAUUCAUUUAUGUUCGUUAGUUCAAUCCAUAUGCAGCAGAGGUUGUGGUUUAGCGCUUGGUUCGUACUACAUCUCACCUGGAAAUGAACUCGAUCCAAUUUCUCAAUACAUGAACACCAAUAUCAACAGUAUUCUGCAAUAUAAUCGUGGUACUAUUACUAAUCAGGAUAGUGUCCAAUCGUUUAUAAGGAUUAACGUGCCGUUUUCUUGCGAGUGUAUCAACGGGGACUUCUUAGGUCAUAUGUUCAGCUACACUGUUAGGUCUCAGGAUACGUAUGGACUGAUUGCGAGUGAAAGGUACGCGAAUUUGACCACUGUGGAAUGGAUUCAGAGGUUUAAUUCUCAUCCUGUAAAUCGUAUCCCCGAUGUUAACACCACCAUUAACGUGACGGUGAAUUGUUCGUGUGGAGAUAGUUCGAUUUCGAAGGAUUACGGUUUGUUCGUGACGUAUACUCUUCGGUCAGGGGAGACUUUGGAUUCGGUUUCUUCCGUUGCGAAGCUUAGUUCCAACUUAAUGCGGAGCUAUAAUCCCGAUGCAAAUUUUGAUGUUGUAAAUUCGUUAAUAUACAUUCCGGGCCGAGAUGAAAAUGGAAAUUAUCCACCCUUAACAACCAGCUCAGGUGAUUAGCUUUCUGUGGCCCUUUUGCAUGUUUUCUUGAGUAAAAAUGUGAGUUUUGAAGUUAUGAAUCUACAAUCUGCAUUCACAUAAACAGGAUUAUCAGGGGGAGCCAUAGGUGGAAUAGCUGUAGCAGUAGUAGCUGGGGUGCUGUUACUUGCAGGAUGCUCAUAUUAUGGAUUUUAUAGAAACAAAAAAGACUCUAGUGAUCUUCCUAUUGAUGCCCCUCAUAUCCUUACAGGCAUAACUGUUGAUAAAUCAAUUGAAUUUUCGUAUAAAGAGCUUUCAAAGGCUACGGAUGAAUUCAGCCUUGCUAAUAAGAUAGGUCAAGGUGG